CGGGCCGAAACACCGAGAAUGAAUAUCCCGGUCUCAACCGGUUUCAACCGGUCCGUGGUUGGAAGCAUGAGCUUAGAGGAAGAGCACACUUGCACGCAUUAAAACAUCUCUGCUCUCCAACAGUGUGUGCGAAUAGAGCCAGAAAUAAAAACUAUUUUUACUUCGUGAUUAUGACCCGGAAUACCGCUCAAAGUGUGAUUCCGUGAAUCUGUGUUGUUAGCUUAGUUAGCUUACUAUUAGCCAGCAGACUUGAAUCAUCAUUGACUUUUCCAUUAGCACGCUAAGUUGCUAUUAGCCUGCCUUGGGAGUCGGCUGUAAUCACUGCUAGCCAAAGAAAGAUAUGUUUCAGACUGGCUGAAGACAAGAAAGAAAUAAGCUGCGGAAAGCUUUUAAUACAUCGCCAAGAAUCGAUAAGUAUCCAACGUAACGGCAUUUUUAAAUCAGCGCAGUUGGUGUCAUCCAGGGAAGCUAGCUAGCGUUAGCUUGUUGCUAUCGAAGGUUAGCUAGGCGCAGGCUAGCUAAACGUGUGCCAUGAGAUAACGUUACACAGUGUUUCUUUGCUUUAAGAGGAUUAAUAUUCCAGUCUUAAACCACAAGUCGCAUUGGUUAACCAUUACUUGUUUUCGGACGGGCGGACAAGACACCACUAGAAGCUCUAUGCCAGCAGAAAUGACGAUGUUGGCCGAUCACCCAGCCAGACAGCUGCUUGACUUCAGUCAGAAACUGGACAUCAACCUGUUGGACAAUGUUGUCAACUCCAUGUACCACGACAUUGGAUCCCAGCAACGAGUGGCCCAGGAAGUCCUCACCAACCUGAAGGACCAUCCAGACGCCUGGACGAGGGUCGACACCAUCCUGGAGUUCUCUCAGAACAUGAAAACUAAAUAUUAUGCACUGCAGAUUCUGGAGACAGUCAUCAAAACACGCUGGAAGAUUCUCCCCAGAAAUCAGUGUGAAGGCAUCAAGAAGUAUGUUGUUGGGUUGAUCAUCAAGACGUCUUCUGAUCCCACAAACAUGGAGAAAGAGGGAGUCUACAUAUCAAAACUCAACAUGAUCCUUGUACAGAUCCUGAAGCAAGAAUGGCCCAAACACUGGCCCACCUUCAUCAGUGAUAUCGUGGGCGCGAGUCGGACCAGCGAGAGCCUCUGUCAGAACAACAUGAUCAUCCUCAAACUGCUCAGCGAGGAGGUUUUUGACUUCUCCAGUGGCCAGAUGACCCAGGUGAAGGCCAAGCACCUCAAAGACAGCAUGUGCAACGAGUUCUCCCAAAUAUUCCAGCUGUGCCAGUUUGUGAUGGAAAACUCCCAGAAUGCCCCGCUGGUCCACGCCACGCUGGAGACUCUCCUCCGCUUCCUGAAUUGGAUUCCUUUAGGUUACAUCUUCGAGACCAAGCUCAUCAGCACUCUGGUCUACAAGUUCUUGAACGUGCCCAUGUUUCGCAACGUGACGUUAAAAUGUUUGACGGAGAUCGGCGGAGUGAGCGUCAACCAGUACGAGGAGCAGUUUGUCAACCUUUUUACCCUCACCAUGUGCCAGCUCAAACAGAUGCUUCCUUUGAACACUAACAUCCGAGUGGCCUACGCCAACGGGAAGGACGACGAGCAGAACUUCAUCCAGAACCUCAGCCUGUUCCUCUGCACCUUCCUCAAAGAACACGGCCAGCUCGUCGAGAAGAGAUCCAACCUGCGAGAGACCCUCAUGGAGGCCCUGCACUACAUGCUGCUGGUGUCGGAGGUAGAGGAGACGGAGAUCUUUAAGAUCUGUCUGGAGUACUGGAACCACCUGGCAGCGGAGCUCUACAGGGAGAGUCCUUUCUCCACCUCCAGCACCCCGCUGCUUUCCGACGUCCCGCCACGCAGACACCUGUACCUGCCUGUACUCUCCCAGGUGCGUUUGCUGAUGGUGAGCCGCAUGGCCAAACCAGAGGAGGUGCUGGUGGUGGAGAACGACCAGGGCGAGGUGGUCAGGGAGUUCAUGAAGGACACAGACGCCAUUAACCUUUACAAGAAUAUGAGGGAGACUCUCGUGUAUCUGACCCAUCUGGACUACGCCGACACUGAACGCAUCAUGACGGAGAAGCUCCACAGCCAGGUGAAUGGCACCGAGUGGUCGUGGAGGAACCUGAACAUGCUCUGCUGGGCCAUCGGCUCCAUCAGCGGGGCGAUGCACGAAGAGGACGAGAAGAGGUUCCUGGUCACCGUCAUCAAGGACCUGCUUGGCCUGUGUGAGCAGAAAAGAGGGAAGGACAACAAGGCCAUCAUAGCGUCUAACAUCAUGUACAUCGUGGGCCAGUAUCCUCGCUUCCUCCGAGCCCACUGGAAGUUCCUCAAGACUGUCGUCAACAAGCUGUUUGAGUUCAUGCACGAGACCCACGAUGGCGUGCAGGACAUGGCGUGCGACACCUUCAUCAAGAUCGCCCAGAAGUGCCGGCGUCAUUUUGUCCAGGUCCAGGUGGGCGAGGUGAUGCCCUUCAUCGACGAGAUCCUCAACAAUAUCAACACCAUCAUCUGUGACCUGCAGCCACAGCAGGUCCAUACGUUUUACGAGGCCGUUGGCUACAUGAUUGGAGCUCAGACGGACCAGGCGGUUCAGGAGCUUCUCAUAGAGAAGUACAUGCUGCUGCCUAACCAGGUGUGGGACAGCAUCAUCCAGCAGGCCACCAAGAACGUGGACAUCCUGAAGGACGCGGAGACGGUGCGUCAGCUGGGCAGCAUCCUAAAGACAAAUGUCAGAGCCUGUAAAGCUGUCGGUCAUCCCUUUGUUGUUCAGCUGGGACGAAUCUAUCUGGACAUGCUCAACGUCUACAAGUGUCUGAGUGAAAACAUCUCCUCGGCUGUCCAGACCAACGGUGAGAUGGUGACCAAACAGCCUCUGAUCAGGAGUAUGAGGACAGUAAAGAGAGAGACAUUGAAGCUGAUCUCUGGCUGGGUCAGCCGCUCCAACGACCCUCAGAUGGUGGCAGAGAACUUUGUGCCCCCCCUGCUGGAGGCGGUGCUCAUCGACUAUCAGAGGAACGUACCGGCUGCUCGGGAGCCCGAGGUCCUCAGCACCAUGGCAACCAUCGUCAACAAGCUGGGAGUCCACAUCACGGGAGAAAUCCCCAAGAUCUUUGAUGCGGUCUUCGAGUGCACUUUGAACAUGAUCAACAAGGACUUUGAGGAAUUCCCCGAACACAGAACCCAUUUCUUCUACCUCCUUCAAGCCGCCACGUCCCAGUGCUUUCCAGCCUUCCUGUCAAUCGCCCCGGCCCAGUUCAAACUCAUCCUGGACUCCAUCAUCUGGGCCUUCAAGCACACGAUGAGGAAUGUCGCCGACACAGGUCUCCAGAUCCUGUACACUCUCCUGCAGAACGUAUCCGGAGAGGAGGCCGCAGCGCAGAGCUUCUACCAGACGUACUUCUGUGACAUCCUACAACACAUCUUCUCCGUGGUCACCGAUACCUCGCACACUGCAGGGCUGACCAUGCACGCCACCAUCUUGGCCUACAUGUUUAACCUGGUGGAAGAAGGGAAGGUCAGCGUUGCUCUUAGCGCCGCCAAUCCGGCCAACAACCAGGCGCACGUCCAGGAGUACAUCGCCAACCUGCUGAAGACGGCCUUCCCCCAUCUGCAAGAUGCCCAGGUGAAGGUGUUUGUAACGGGUCUGUUCAGUCUGAACCAGGACAUCCCGGCCUUCAAGGAGCACCUGAGGGACUUCCUCGUGCAGAUCAAGGAGUUUGCCGGCGAGGACACGACUGACUUGUUCCUGGAGGAGAGGGAGACGUCUCUGCGCCAAGCCCAGGAGGAGAAACACAAGCUGCAGAUGUCGGUGCCGGGCAUCCUCAACCCGCACGAGCUGCCGGAGGAGAUGUGCGACUGAAGGGCGAACAGCGGCGUACAAAACGGCUCUGAAGGAGGGAAAGGGUCAAGAGAGAGCAAGGACGCUUCCUGUUGAUACAUUUUCUUUUCAAGUGUGUUUGUGUGCAAGUGUGUGUGUGUGUGUGUGUUUGAAAAGAGAAUGAGGGGCCAGAGGAAAGACCCCAGCACUAGGUUGUAAGUCGACCAAAAUCAAUGUCAAUAUGUAAAUGAGAAUCGCCCAGCCUGACCUCCCUCCACCCUGGCGCGGAUUCUUCUUCUUCUUCUUUUUCCCCCCUACGAACUUAUUUUAUACGAUUUAUUAUUUUUUUGUGUAACAUGCCAUCUUUUGUUAAUUCUUUUGCUAAUUAAAAGCUUUGUCUGGCCAUACGGUUCUUAUACACAUGCAUGAAGUUGAAAGAAUUCUUUUUAAUCUCUCUGCACCCCCUCAGUUCACCUCUCCUCUCCUAUUUGUUAAUAUGUAAAUAUAUAUAUAUAUAAUGUUGAAAACACUUGCGAUGGCUAGUUGACGGACUGCUCUGGUUUCUGAAGUGCCAUGUGCAUGGCGCCGGACGAAUGUGAUGCUCAAGGGGGUCGACAUGUACUUCCUUUGUUGUCCUGCUAUGGUUUGUCAGUGUGUGUAUCGUUUGCUUUUUUUUUUUUUUUUAACUCUGGCUCUGUGAUGGAGCCGGACCUUCAGUUGGACCGCUCUGCGUUUGGAUGAGAAGGAAGGCUGUGUGCAUAUCAUCCUGUUUGUAAAGCUGUCUUAGUACUCUGAGAAUAUAAAGUUGGCUAUUUUUACAAAAAAAAAAAA